AAAAAUUUUUAAUGUCUUAACUGUCUUCUGUGGAGAGAACUACAAUGAUUGAAUUGUUUUCAACUUUUUUUGAUCGUUUAAGUUCUCAUAAUCCAUAACGUGAACAAAUGCUAAAAUCAUUAUACCAAUUUAAAGCAUUAUUAUAUGCAAAUGAUGGUGGAAUUGAAAAAUAUUUACAUGAUUUACAAGGAUAGAAAUCUCCUUUAAAAAGAGAUAAUUCUUAAACAAAAAAAUCAAGUAGUAUAAGAAAAGAAUAAGAAGUAAUAUCACGUCAUCCAAAAAGAAAAACUUUAGGAUGUGGACAUGAAAUAGAUGCCAUAGAUUCAAAUGGAGAAUGUAUCAUAUGUUGUGGAUAAUCAGUAAAAUUAGUGAUGAUUAGUAGCCAUUCGAUGAAUUCAAAUAGAAAUGUUCAAAUGUGUUUAGAACAAUUUAGCAAUUAGACAAUGAUGACUUUUUUAAAUGUUUACAAUAAUUAGAUGUAUACUUAAAUAAUUACAUCAGGAUCCAUUAACGACAUCAUUAUCGAAAUAGAGAUGCCAAUCAUCAACAGGAGAAUUAUUUAAGGAUCCUAUGAAUUAUUCAAGAUUGGCUGAUUAACAAAUACAAUAGAUAGUAAGAAAGUGUCUUAGAUGUAAUAAAGAUGUAUAAAACCACGAUUCUAAAAAUAUUAGUUAUUUCUGUAAUUCUUGUAAAAACUUUUGA